AUGGUUGACAGACCAAACAAGCCUUCGGCCCUCGCCACCACCCCCGGCCUCCCGCCGCAGGCCCAAGUCACCAUUUCGCACGGCAACGCGCGCGUCACCGCCGAGCUGCCGACCGGCGAGAGCGUCGUCGUGCUGCUCCACGGUGCCACGGUGCUGAGCUGGAAGGACGCGGCCGGCGACGAGAAGCUCUGGCUGAGCGAGGCGGCCAAGCUCGACGGCACCAAGGCAGUGCGAGGCGGUAUUCCAUUGGUGUUUCCUGUCUUUGGCGCGGGCAGCAACGGCGAGGCGACAAAGAACCUCCCCCAGCACGGCUUCGCGCGCAACUCGCGCUGGGAGUUUCUCGGCAAGUCGACCAGCGAGGGCGACAGCUCCAACGUCAAGCUCGACUUUGGCCUCUCGUCCGGGGACCUGUCCGACGAGCACCAAAAGGCGUGGCCGUACCGCUUCGGCCUGCUGUACAGCGUGACGCUCACUCGCGAGAGCUUGACGACGACCAUUGUCAUUACCAACGACGGCGACGAGCCCUUUGAGUUUCAGACGCUCCUGCACUCAUAUUUCCGCGUCAAGGACAUUUCCAAGGUUUCCAUCGACGGCUUCGACAAGGCCGCGUACGUCGACCAGCUCGCCAAAAUGGCCACCAAAACGCAGGCCGGCAGCAUCACGUUUGACGGUGAGCUGGACAGCAUAUAUACGCCCGCCGGAGGGCCCAAGGAACCCAUUGUGCUCAGCGAGGAUGGCAAGCCGCGCCUUCGCAUCGUCCGCGACAAUCUCGACAACGUCGUCGUGUGGAACCCGCACGUGGACAAGUCGGCCGGCAUGAGCGACUUUGAGCCCAAGGACGGCUGGAAGAAGAUGGUUUGCAUCGAAGCGGGCAGCGUGCGCGGCUGGCAGAAGCUCGACAAGGGCGACGCCUUUGAGGGCGCCCAGACAAUCUACCUGUAA